AUGUCAAGAAAUUCCACGUCAAACCAACGUCUACUAAAUGAUUUUGAUAUAAGUGUCCAUGAUGAUGAUGAGAGCUCCACUAUCUUAGAAGCUACAAAAACAAAUAAUACAGAUACUAUUGAAUUGGGCAUAUCUUCCAGGUCUGCCUAUUCAAGAACAUCAAGAGUCUUGUAUAUUGACCCAUAUGAAAAAUGGGAUAGAUCCUUUAAAUUAAAUAAUCAAAUUGUUUUAAUCACAGGUGGCUCUCAAGGUCUUGGGAAAUCCUUUGCUACGAAAUAUUUCAAAGAUGCUAUCAACACUACAGUUAUUAUUUCCUCGAGAUCAGAAAAAAAGUUAACAACUGCCUCUUUAGAUAUUGCCUCAAAGGCAAGAAGAUCAGUGGAUCCAUCCAAGAUUAAUUUGGCUAAGAUGACAAAUCCAAUAGACUUAUCAAUUCCUUCUGCCUCAAACAGAUUGUUUUACAUACCUUGCGACUUAUCAAACUAUAAUAAUGUUCAAUCUAUGUUCGAUACUUUACAAUUACAUAACUUAUUACCAACACAAGUCAUUGCUUGUGCAGGUGGUUCCACUCCAAAAUUAUUCAAAGAUCUAACUCCAACUGAAUUAGAAUUAGGUGUAAAGACAAAUUAUUUGACAGUUUUAUAUUUAGCACAUACAGUGGCUAGGCUGUUAGACCAUUGCCAUUUGAUUCUUUUUGCUUCAAGUACAACUUUUUUCCCAUUUAUUGGUUACUCACAAUAUGCUCCGAUGAAAGUAUCAGUAAAAGCUUUAGCUUCAAUUCUUAGACAGGAACUACCACAUUUUAGAAUCUCUUGUGUUUAUCCAGGUAAUUUUAAAAGUGAAGGGUUUGAUAACGAAGAAUUGACAAAACCAAGUAUUACAAAAAUCAUUGAAGGCCCUUCUGCUCCAAUUUCUUCGGAUGAAUGUAGAGAUAAAAUCCUGAAAUGGCUAAAAUUAGGUUAUGACGAUAUUACUACCGAUUUAAUUGGCUGGAUUUUAAUGUCUCUAGAUUUGGGUCUAAAUAAACAUUCCACAUCUUCCCCAUUAUGGGUACUGCAAUUUUUAUUUGGAGUGACUGCAAAUCUGAUCGUCGUCCCAAUAUAUAUGCUGUUUUGUAAUAUUCAAAUUACAAAAUGGUUUAAAAAACAACACGAAAAUAGAAUGGAUCAACUAUCCUAG